GCGGGGCGGGGGCAGCGGUGGGGAGCGACGCGCACGGCCGGGGACACUGCAGCGGCCCCGCACCAGCACCAGCGUUGCAGCCGCUUUCUCGCCGCUGCGGACCCUUAAAACUGUGCUAUGAAUGGUGAUUCUGGUGCAGCGGUGGUGACUUCACCACCCCCAACAACAGCUCCUCAUAAAGAGAGGUAUUUUGAUCGAGUUGAUGAGAAUAACCCAGAGUACUUGCGAGAGAGGAAUAUGGCACCUGACCUUCGUCAAGAUUUCAACAUGAUGGAACAAAAGAAGAGAGUCUCCAUGAUUCUGCAAAGCCCAGCAUUUUGUGAAGAGUUGGAAUCCAUGAUCCAGGAGCAGUUUAAGAAAGGAAAGAACCCAACAGGCUUAUUGGCUUUACAGCAGAUCGCAGAUUUCAUGACAACUAAUGUACCAAAUGUGUAUCCAGCGGCACCCCAAGGUGGAAUGGCUGCCUUAAACAUGAGUCUUGGCAUGGUGACACCAGUGAAUGACCUCAGAGGGUCAGAUUCAAUUGCUUAUGAGAAAGGGGAGAAGUUAUUGCGAUGUAAAUUGGCAGCUUUCUACAGAUUAGCAGAUCUCUUUGGGUGGUCACAGCUUAUUUACAAUCAUAUAACAGCCAGAGUAAAUUCUGAACAAGAACAUUUCCUCAUUGUACCUUUUGGACUUCUUUAUAGUGAGGUUACUGCAUCCAGUCUGGUUAAGAUUAAUAUUCAAGGUGAUGUUGUUGAUCGUGGAAGCACUAAUUUGGGUGUAAACCAAGCUGGAUUUACUUUGCACUCUGCAAUUUAUGCAGCUCGACCUGAUGUUAAAUGCAUUGUUCAUAUUCACACACCAGCAGGGGCAGCGGUUUCUGCAAUGAAGUGUGGCCUGUUGCCUAUCUCACCUGAAGCACUCUCCCUAGGAGAAGUGGCUUACCACGACUACCAUGGUAUUCUAGUGGAUGACGAGGAAAAAGUGUUAAUCCAGAAAAAUUUAGGACCUAAGAGCAAGGUUCUUAUUCUCAGAAACCAUGGCCUGGUAUCAGUUGGAGAGACUAUUGAAGAGGCUUUCUACUAUAUUCAUAAUCUAGUAGUUGCCUGUGAGAUUCAAGUACGUACCCUGGCCAGUGCAGGGGGGCCUGACAACUUAGUGCUGUUAGACCCUGGGAAGUACAAAGCCAAGUCUCGUUCUCCUGAGUCUCCAGCAGCUGAGGGUACUAUAUCCCAUCCAAAAUGGCAGAUUGGAGAGCAGGAAUUUGAAGCCCUUAUGCGAAUGCUUGAUAAUCUGGGUUACAGAACUGGUUACCCCUAUCGAUGCCCUGCUCUGAGAGAAAAAUCUAAAAAAUACAGCGAUGUUGAGAUUCCUGCAAGUGUCACAGGUUACUCCUUUGCUAGUGAUGGUGAAUCAGGCACUUGCUCCCCUCUCAGACACAGUUUUCAGAAACAGCAGCGAGAGAAGACAAGGUGGCUGAACUCUGGCCGGGGGGAUGAUGCUUCUGAAGAAGGGCAGAAUGGCAGCAGUCCCAAGUCGAAGACUAAGUGGACUAAAGAGGAUGGACAUAGAACUGCCACCUCUGCUGUCCCUAACCUGUUUGUUCCAUUGAACACUAACCCAAAAGAAGUCCAAGAAAUGAGGAACAAGAUCCGGGAGCAAAACCUACAAGAUAUUAAAACUGCUGGCCCUCAGUCACAGGUUCUUUCUGGGGUAGUUGUGGACAGGAGUCUUGUGCAGGAUGCUCCCCUCUCAGACUGUACGGAAACUAUUGAAGGGCUCGAUCUCACAGAGCAGGCCUUUAGUCCCGCUAAAUCUCUCUCUGUUAGAAAGGGAGAGCUGGUGACUGCAUCAAAAGCAAUCAUUGAGAAGGAAUAUCAGCCAAAAGUUAUAGUGAGCACAACAGGACCAAAUCCCUUCAAUAAACUCACUGAUCGAGAACUGGAAGAGUAUCGCAAAGAAGUUGAGAGGAAGCAGAAAGGGUCUGAAGAUAAGGUUUCAAAAUAUGGAGAGACUCUGUUGUUGAGACAGACACCACCUGGGAAGCCAAAUGAUUUACUUAAGAGUCAGAGCAUCAGGGAACAAACUGGUUCAGAUAAAAGGUCUCUGGAGGUGCAAGGCAGAUCCAAAGCCUUUCCAGGAGCAGUGAAACUACCCGCCCUGAAGAUUUUGCAGAAUCCUGAUGGAUCAGCACUUUCUAAGCAGUUAGAAAAUUCUGAGCUCUCUGCUGCACAGGUUUCUUGUCAAACCAUGCAGCAGGUCAGCACACAUCUUAACCAGGAGGAGCCAGAUGAGCAGGAGUCCCCUCACAAGGAAUUUCACUCAGCAGUCAUCAAAGCAUUAAGCUCCAAUCCUGACCUUUUGGCUGAGGCCUCAGAGCCUUCAGAAGAUGCCAGACAAGAGAAAGAAAAGAGUGUCCCAGACCCUCCUUCAGCUCGCACUCCUCCCAGCACACCGAUUAAGCUGGAGGAAGAGACACUGCAGGAACAGACUUACAAAGAUGACAGUGAUGCUGCAACUUUCAAGCAAACCCUCCCAGACCUCACCCCUGAUGAGCCUUCAGAAGCACUCAGCUUCCCAACCUUCGGAAAGGAGGAAGAGGAAGGUAGAUGUGAUGAAGAUCUGACCAAAGGCCAGACUGAGUCACCUGCAGUGGAAAAUCAAGAACCCCAGUCUCAGCCUGCUGAAGAGGCAGUAACACCCACAGCUGAGGAAGGGGCAACUGCCGAUCCAGGGAGUGAUGAAUCCCCAGGAAAGUCCCCAUCCAAAAAGAAAAAGAAGUUCCGCACUCCUUCCUUCCUGAAGAAGAACAAAAAGAAGAGUGACUCCUAAAGGCCAAAUGCACUGCAGAAACACUGUCAUAGUUUAACAUCUAAACUCAUUAACCACUAGAAUGUACCAGAUUGUACUGAGUGUUUUGUCUUAUUAUGUAAAGGAAUGCAACAAAUAAACCAACCAACCCUUCAAGUGAUAGCUUGAUUGUUUAAGGCUAUAACAGGAAACUAACGUGCAAAAAGGUGCUAAUCCUGUGUUCUCAGCAGCUAACUACAGAUCCAAGCCCUAAUUUGUAAACGAACAAAAUGGCUUCCAUGCGGAAGACACUAAACCACCGUUUUUAAUUUCAAGCCCAUGUUGCUUAACAGAAGAGCAUAUUUUUCACAAGGCCACAUUCCCGAUGCAGCAUCUGCUCACUCUUGACCGUGCUCUGUUCCAGUAUUGUGCUUAACCUGUCACAAGUGGGGGCUUGUUUUUAACUAAUGCAUUGCAGAGAGGAUGCUUUUGCACGUGCAUUUUAGAGAGGGCACAUUCUUGAACCGAGAUGUAAGCUUCUGACUCAGUGAUUACAGAUCAUGUGCUAGUACAGCUUUGAGACUCUCUCCGUAUUGCUCCUGUUCACUAUUGUAACAGUAGAUCCAACACUCUUUCACUUGCAUUCUCUUUUGUGGUAUAGCUGGGACUUGCACUUAACCUUGUGGUGUCUAAGCAGAUUGAACUGAUGGUGGUGUUUUCUGCUGAGUCUGUGUGUUCAAAGAACCCUCGCUUUUCUAAAAACUACAAUAUAGUGAAACCUGCCUUAUAGACUUGCCGUUCUGACAAAAGUGAUGGAUUGGCAAGAAUCAAACUCCUAAUAGUUUGGUCUUUUGAGGUCUCAUCCUAUUUUCAACAGGAAAAUAGUACCUGAAAGCAUAUGGGAUACUUUCAAGUGAUAAGCUAGAGCAUGGGCAAUUGCCUUUUGGAUUUGGUUCUUAAUACAGGUUCCCCUAAGUUGAUAAACUUCCCCAGGUUCAAAUGCAAAUGUACUGCAUAUAAGCUCUGUUUACAGGCUUGUGUCUUCAUCCCUUCUUCCCCCCACCAACCAUCAAAAACGUAAGUGCUUACAUGUUUUUAUAUUAAUCCUUUUGUUUCACUUACAGGAGUUGGUAUUUCUUGGCCCCUGUGUUGCCAGCAGUGGUUAAGUCAGGAACAGAAAUUCCUUCUAGCAUUCCAGGGGUUACCAUAACCAUUUAGCACAUAGCGUAGUUGGGAAGAUGAAUAGUCACUUUUGAAUUUCCCAUCCUCUUUGUACUCCUUGUGCCUCUGUCACUGAGCACAUGCGCAGAUCCAGCAUCAAGGAAUUUCCUUGAAAAAGCAAAAUAUUUUCUUCUGCUGCACUUGUGUGUGACUGCAAACAUCUUCAUUUGCCCCAACCAUAAAAGAGGGGGAAUCCUUGCAAUUUUAGGGGUCAGAUAUGACCCAUUUCUGGUGGUAACAGCAGAAAACUUUUAACAGGUCCUUCCAUGAGAGAGAAAUAUUGGCUUGCCUUCAGUGUCUGUACCUGAAAAUAAUUUACUGUGGGUGGAACCAUUUAGGACUGUAUCAGAAGAACUGUGUUUGACAGCCAGUAACAUAGACAUUGAAUGCCUUAUGUGUGCAGUGGGAGAGCAUGGAACAGUAGCUACUGGUUAUGCGCUGUAGAGAUAAGGCCUACAUUAGGCCUCAGACGCCUGGAUUCUUCAGACCAGUUUCAAGUAGUAAAGGAAGGAGAGAAGACAACCUCACCAGAGACGCCAGUUGGCACUGUAAGGUUGCAAGUGAGAAAAGAGGGUUAGUGGCAGUAAACAACACCGCCAGAGAUUUAACUUCUAUUAUGCAAAGGGUAGAGGUAAGGUGGAAUUAGAAACAACAGCACAUCACUGCAUAAGAGAGACACCUAAACAGCAAUGUUUAGCAAGGACUGCAUGGCACUAAUGGCUUUGAGCUUGUAUUUUAACCUUGUAUGUCCUCUGUACACUAGGAAGCAUACAGUACUUAUCUUAUUUUGCUAAAUUGUGUUUUAUCGCCAGGGUCGUAAUUACAUUACUAAUUGCUCUAUGUUUCAGUUAAUGGAGUCCUUCCAUUUAUCUUUGACCACAUAUGCAAUGAUUUUUAAUUUCUAAUUUUGUAGUCUGUUCUUUGAAUUCUUUGUAUGACAAUAUGAAAUCUAGUUGUGUACAGUAUGGCUACAUACUUUGGGGUGGGGGAGUCAAAGUCCUGUAUUUUUCUUUCUUUGUUGUAUCAUUAAGUUCUACUUACCAAUAAAAGUCUUCUUUAAAAGUG